AAAAUUUUUAUAACGCCAGAAAUGAGGCCACCCACCAGACUGGUUGUCAACCGGGCGACCGUGACAUCAUCAACCAUCGGUUUCCAUUGGCAACAAGUAGAUGGAACUCUCGGUUACCGGAUCCGGGUCAGUCCUCGAGUGCCAGAUCUUGAUCUGAAUCAACUUAUUCUUGAAACUGAAUUUGUUCUUAGGGGUCUGUCACCGGAUAUUCUUUACAUAAUUCAAGUUGCUGCCGUCAACAUUGCUGGUGAUAGUAGAUACACCAUGGUGUCCCAGAAAACUUUGUCCAUGUGUUUUGCUCAAGCCAACCAAUAUGAGGAACAUACGUUUUCAGUAAUUUGUCCAGCAGGGUGCGCCAGACACCGGAAUAGUGUUUAUGGAACUCGUAUCUACACGCUGGACUCGUACAUAUGCAGUGCAGCCAUCCAUGACGGUCGAAUCGACAACGAACUCGGGGGCACGGUUAUGGUUCGACGAACACUCGGAAUAAACGAUUUUGUGGGCACUUUAAUGCACGGUAUCGUCUCGCAAGAUUAUGGAAGUUAUCAUGAUGCUUUUGUAUUCGCACUUCAACCUCCACAAAACAUUCGAAUCAAACCUGGAUCCGUGAGUUCUGAUUCGUUCAUCGUACAAUGGGACCUCGUUCGUGGGGCGGAUGCUUACAGGGUCCGAACCUCACCCUCGGCAGUUGGUGAUGAAGGAAACAUUGUUGAAACCGAAGUUCUUCUGCAUUCAAUGGCACCAAAUGUAACUUAUACUGUUCAAGUUGAAGCUGUAAAUGAAAGAGAAACAAGUGAAGAAGGGGCAGUAACUCAGAGAACUGCCUUGCCCGGCACUGCACGAGUGACUGUCGAUAACGUGGCACAAAAUUCCUUUCUGGUGUCUUGGUUACCAGUACCAGGUGCAUCCAGUUACCGAGUGAAUGCAUCGUUAUACGAACGGCUGGUGUUCACGAUACAGACAACCGCACAUGAGGUGUUGGUAAACAGCCUUGCAAGUGGUACAGUAUACAAUGUAACAGUUCAAUCAAUCAACCACAUUAGCAUUGGAAGUCCAACUACCAUUCAACAGUUUACUGGUUUGGACGUUCCAUCGAAUCUAAGGGUUCUUUCUCUUGGAUCAGAUAACAUGGUGAUAUCAUGGUUACCUGUCAAUGGGGCAGCAUAUUAUUCAAUAUCUUAUUCAAAGGACGUUUUGGACACAUGUUGCAUGACGAAUCUUACAAUUUAUGAAAAUCGUGUUCUACUUUCUGAAUUGUUGCCGAACCAGUUAUACGUGGUACAAAUCACGGCUUCAAACCAAUUCUCAACAAGCAGAAGGGCAAUGCUACGACAAGUAACAGCUUUACCCCAACCUCCUAAUCUUCGUGUUGUAAAUGGAUCUCUCACUCAAAACUCCGUCUUUCUGUCUUGGGACGAACUCCCGGAUGUGCGGACAUACAUUAUAUCUGAGUUGAACGACACAAGACGUAGAAGUUUCAACACCAGCAGACAUACCAUCAAACUACAAUCUUUGUAUCCACGAAGAACAUACAGGAUUCAAGUAAUUGGAUAUUCAAUUCAUCACAUAUCUGGUGACCCGUCUAUUGUGGAAUUCACCACACUUAUUGAACCACCUGAGAACCUCAGAGUCGAAACAGCUAACAACAACAACCAAGUUAAUGUCAAAUGGAAUCCGGUUGUAGGUGCCACUUUAUAUCUUGUGACAUGCAAUCCAUCGGAGGGGGUUAUAGGUACAGGAGAGUUGCUGCAACGUAACGUUAUUUUAUCAGGUUUGCAAUUCCGUGUGUUGUACAAUGUAUCAGUAGCUGCCAUGGUGGGGACAAAAUCUGGUAUGAAAUCUUAUGUGAGUUUUACUUUGGGUGUUUCUGUAAUGGGCUUGGUUGCUGUACACAAUGUGACAAGGACUUCAAUGCUUCUGCAAUGGAACCACGAUGAUAUUGCUGUCACACGACUGCAGUAUAAUAUGGCUGGUUCAUCAAAUCGUCUAAGUAUUGCCAGCAACCGAAGUAUGAGUGAAAUUUCCAUUCAUGGAAUGCAACCUUAUACAAGGUAUAACCUCGUCGUUACCUAUGAACAUCUUUUCACUUCACUGCACAACAAUCAACAGAAUCAAGAACCAAUUUCUACUGCAGUCGUCACUAGAAAUUUAAACGAUACAUCAGAUGAAGUAAUUUUAAUGUGGAACCAAGUACCCGGAGCUACAAGUUAUUCCGUCACCUCCAUACCUGGUUAUAGAAUCACUGGGUUGAGAAACUACACAGCCACCACUGCAACAUUAACUGGGUUUCGAAGAGGAACAAAUUACAUGAUAUCAGUAAUAGCGUGGACUGAAGAAACCAGCAUACAGUACUUACCUGCAACCGUUAGCAUUGAAGGGAUUGUACCAGAUUACCCAGAACCUUCAGUUAUAACGGUUGAACCAACGAUUGAUAAUUACGAAAACAGUGCAACUGGUGAUACUGUUUUUAACACUGAAGUAAAUCCUAAUGGAAACAGUAACAACAACAACAACAAUCAAGGACAGACAGGAAAUGAAUCAGUGCAACAAAAUAAUGUGACCUGGAUUGCUAUACUUGUAGUUGUUGGGUUACUUUUCACUAUGUUUGUUGUUCUUGUUACUGUUUGUAUUUGUGCUGGGGAAAACAGAAAACCAUUAUUCAGGAAUUGUGGGUGCUGUUGGUGCUGCAGAUGUGCCAGUGGAGUGAAAUCUUGUUCAUGUCGUGGUUGUUGCUGUGAGGAUGAUCAGUACCGAGGAUCUUAUUAUUAAUUGUGAUUUAUUAUGUAGUAAAUAUGUUGUGCAAGCCAGUUUCACCAUAACUGUGUAAAAUAGAGUGUAUUGUGCUGUUUUUACGCCUUAUGUAUUGCCAAGUACUUUUGGUGCAUUGCAAAUAUUUGUUUUUUACGCGAUAAAUACAAAAUAUGUACGGAAAA